UGAGUUUCUCGCGUCGCGGCGAUAAUCGGCGGUGGAACGAUCCGCUUUUAUUAUUACAAAGACCCGCAUCAACACGUCGAACAUAUGCAUAUAUACGUUUAUACCUGAUAUCGAUUUAUUGAUUGGGAUUGUGUGAAGAUGGAGGGAAAUAAAACGAGAGACAAUCGCAAAGGGAACAGCCGGAGGAGAGGCGGCCGGAAGGAGGAGAAGCGUGAAUUUCGGAAAAUGAAAAAUACGAGGAGCGAGGAAGUCGCACAGUGGCCGCAAUUUCCCAUGACCGACGUCGAAAAUAUCGCGGGCAUUAUGCAACAGGAGACGUCCCUGAAUUUGGAAAAUUUUGAGAAUGGAGGCGAAAAUAACUCAAAGUCCUCGCUCAUGUGCCCCGCGUUACGUCGACAAUUGGAAACCCAUAGGAAUGUCCUUCGGCUUCUGCACGAGUAUAAACUGGCGUCCACGCAAAUCAACGGUCAGAGGAUCCUCAGCAUUCAGCCGUUCCGUUGGAGUGGACCAACUCCUGGUAUAGAGUGCGAGAUCUUUGUCGGUCGGAUCCCGAAGACGAUCUACGAGGAUACUCUGUACCCGUUGUUCAAAAUGGUCGGCGAGGUCUUCCAAAUCCGACUGAUGGUGGACAUGGCUGAACUGACGAGGGGCUAUUGUUUUAUCAUGUAUACAAAUCCGGAGGAUGCCGCACGCGCUAUUACUGAGCUGGACCAGUAUGAAAUUUCGCCGGGUAGAAAGAUACGUGUUCUGGCGAGUGUGAACAAGUGCAAGCUCUACAUUGGUCCUCUGCCAUGGCAUAUCGCGUCAGAAGAAGUCGUCAGGGUGAUUUAUGCAUCAGCAUGGGAUAUUGAAUACGUAUCCAUUUAUCGAUUUCCAAAUUACAAUGCGGCUUACGCUAUAGUUUCUUUCAAAUCACAUCGCAAUGCAGCUUUGGCUAGACGAAAAUUGAGACCUGAGAGACUUUUCAAGUGCAACGAUGUCCAUGUCGAAUGGGCGCGUGUCGAUUGGAAUCCAUCGAACGUGUAUGAAGAUCGCGGCACGGUCGAUGACAAGGGCGACGUGCAGAUUACCCGGAAGUAUUUGCAGCAAUCCAAAAAGGGCACAUCAUCCCCCUCGUCAAUUCCAUCGACACAGAACGAUUUGAAUCAAGGCAAUCGGAAACAAAUGCCGCCGAUUUGUCCGCCGAACGAUGGCAAUGACCAUUGCCAGGAUGCUGAUUUACCGAUCGUGAAAUCUACUAACCACCGCUGCAACAUUACUCGUUAUUCCACGAUGGCUAUGUCUGUCAUGAAUAAUUGUUUGCUGGAUGACGAAAAGAAGUCGCCGAUGGUGAUCACGGAUAUCAAUGACAAUGUGCAAUCGUCAUUAGACGGGCACUUCCAGGACAAAGGUUUACAACUGAAAAAGGACGCGAACGGUUUUCCCAACUUCGAUAUGUGGAAAUCGAAUCUGCCCACGUUACCCAACUCGCCUACGAAUUCUAGCGGCCCGAAAGUUUACGAGUCGCUAAAAAAAAUGCCAAAUGAAUCGCCGCGCGAUUUCGAGAACAGCACAGAAUUGAUUACCGAUCAACCACCGCAAACUUCCUUUUUUAGAUAUCAAUGCCCGAACGAUUCCAACGCCUCAAAUUAUUCCUCUUCUGAUUGCUCUACCAGCAAGAUGGCGGAGAAGAACCGGCCGGUUGCCGCCGUCCGUUAUCAGAAUCAUUCAGCAACGCCUUGUUACGUGCUCUUGCAACCGCCGGUUUAUCUCUAUUCUUCGAAAGACGUUAUAACUUAUUCGCAAUCCCCGGUCAUUCCUUCUCGCGACGACUAUGAUCGGCCGUAUUGGUGCAACGAACAGAUCAUUCAGGGAUCGAUGGACUCAAGUCCCAUUCAGGUCGGGAGCGAGAAACUAGGCGACUGCGAACUCUGGCAUAAGACAAUCUUGCCGAAAGCAGAAAAUGGCGAUGCGAUGUCGCAUCUAAUGAAUCCCGCUACGUCAUAUUACGUUCAAAAUUACGCGCCUAAUGUUGUCUUGAAUUUCACGCCGAUUUGCAAUCCCUCGGAAAGCGUGUCGUCUUGCCUCGUCCCACUCGAUGUGACAAAUAACAACGACGAGAAACGCCCUAGACCGAUUUUGAAGCAAGCGAUCGCUCGGGUUAAGCUGUGAUUCUCUUUUUUUCUUUCUUUUAUUUAUUUUUUUUUCUUUUGACAUUUUAUGCAGAUUUUAAAAAAUAGCGGCAUUUUUACGUUUAUUUCGUGCACUAAUGAGAUAAUUAUUAGGAUAUCAUAUCUUUUUUGUUUAAUUAUUGACCAAAGAUAAGUGCUCGUAUAAGUAGCACAAAAAUUUUCUUUCUUUUU